AUAAUGCAAAGUGCCAUGUUCCUGGCUGUCCACCACGACUGCGGAUCCAUGGACAAGAGCUCAGGCAGCAGCCCCAAGAGCGAGGAGAAGCGGGAGAAGAUGAAGCGGACCUUGUUAAAAGAUUGGAAGGCUCGUUUGAGCUACUUCUUGCAACACUCUUCCUCUCCUGAGAAGCCCAAAACUGGCAAGAAGAGCAAACAGCAAACCUGCAUCAGGCCUUCUCCCGAGGAGGCACAGCUGUGGUCAGAAGCCUUCGAUGAGCUGCUCGCCAGCAAAUAUGGUCUUGCUGCAUUCAGGGCUUUUUUAAAAUCGGAAUUCUGUGAAGAAAAUAUUGAAUUCUGGCUGGCCUGUGAAGACUUCAAAAAAACCAAGUCACCCCAAAAGCUGUCCUCAAAAGCCAAGAAAAUAUAUACCGACUUCAUAGAAAAAGAAGCCCCCAAAGAGAUAAACAUAGACUUUCAAACCAAAACGCUCAUUGCCCAGAACAUCCAAGAGGCUACAAGUGGCUGCUUUGCGACAGCCCAGAAGAGGGUGUACAGCCUGAUGGAGAACAACUCCUACCCCCGGUUCCUGGAGUCGGCGUUCUACCAGGAUUUGUGUAAAAAGCCCCAGAUCACCGCCGAGGCCCAUGCUACAUGAGAUGACAACGAGCCCCAGCAUGGAGGACUUUCCGUUUUGUUCCUAAGGGGGAAAGGCUGCGACCUUCCCCAAGGGACUGACCUUGAAUUCAGCCUGGGUGUUGGGGAGACGUCACUCAGAACUGUUGAUUCAGAGUUGGGGAGCGCACUGAGAAGCUGGCGGUCCUCAGGAGAGGCUGGGACCGGGGUGGCCUCCGUGACUGUGACUGUGCAGCACACGGGGAGCGCGUGGUCUGAUCCAGGGGUGUCUCCCGCUGGAAGGGCAGGAACCUGGGAAUGGAAAGAUAACGAUGAAAUACUAUUGGUCCAAAAGCAUUUUUGAAAUCAGUGGGUCUGGGAUCCUGUGGCCUUAGGUAGCUGGCUGUACAUCUUAAGGUCGGUCCACGUUGCCACACAGUGGUUUUAGUUUUAGUUUGUUUUCGUGCUAAGUGAUGUUAACGUGUUUACUACGUGCAAGCAUAUCCAAGUGCUCAUGACUGCAGAUCAUCGGUCCCGUGGUCUCGUGACCCUGACACUGUCUGUGUUUUUACUACCCCUCGGUGUGUCCCAGAGUGAGUGCUGUUGUGUAGGAAAUAGUGUCCGUUGUGAGUGCCAAAACAUGUCCUGAAGGCAGCUAAACUUUGAAGUGGUCUUUGCAUACUUUUAAUAAAUUUAUUUUGAUAAAUAAUGUCAUUGAC